GAUGGCGGCUACCUUCUCCCGGUUAGUGCCUGUUUGGGGGAAAGUAAGACGUUUCCUAGUAAAUUCUGUUAUCAUAGGUCAGACGGCGUGCUGCACAAAAAUGGAUACAGACAGAACUACGAAGCUGGAGUUUGCGGUGCAGAUGACAUGUGACAGUUGUGCAGAGAAAGUCAGAGCUGCACUGGAAGGAAAACCAGGAGUGCAGUCGGUGAAGAUAGAUGUGGGGAAGGAGGAGGUUCUGGUGGAGUCAGCUCUGACGUCCCAUGAGGUGCAGGAUCUCAUAGAGAGCACUGGGCGCAGGGCAGUACUAAAGGGCAUCGGAGGAACAGAAUUAGACCUGGGUGCAGCGGUGGCCAUGAUGGGUGGUAGUGGUCCUGUCCAGGGGGUGGUGCGGUUCCUCCAGCUGUCUGAGGAGCGCUGUCUGAUUGACGGGACCAUUGAUGGUCUGGAACCUGGCACCCACGGACUCCACGUCCACACGUUGGGAGACCUCACACAGGACUGCCAGAGCUGUGGAGAACACUAUAACCCCUAUGGGAGACAACAUGGAGCCCCGCAGGACCCAGACAGGCAUGUAGGUGAUCUGGGGAAUAUUGUGGCCGGACCAGACGGUCGAGCCUCAUUCAGACUAGAGGACCCUGAGCUGAAGGUGUGGGACGUGAUUGGUCGGUCUCUGGUGGUGGAUGCUGGGGAGGAUGAUCUGGGAAGGGGGGCUCACCCCCUCUCCAAACUAACCGGGAACUCCGGCCAGAGGCUGGCCUGUGGGAUCAUUGCUCGCGCCGCUGGCCUGUUCCAGAACGCCAAGCAGAUCUGUGCGUGUGACGGGGUUACUCUCUGGGAGGAGAGGGACAGACCGCUGGCCGGGACGGGUCGCCGCAAGACCACUACAGAGACACCUGCUGCUCACCUGUGACCUGGGGUCUGUUCAGGAGGAUGUGACGUUACAGAACAUAAAAAAAUACAUGUAUUGUGUAGAAUGGAUAUGUGUGUCAGCUGGAACACGGAAUCCUGUCAGCGCCAUUAAUUAUAUUUCUAUCUGCAACAUUCAGAACGUUUCGUAUCACUGAAUACACCCAUGAACGGCCUACGUCACUGGCUGUCGCUGAUGAUGUCACACUGACUGAAGUUGCACUGAGAGCGAGGGAGGGUAGGAGAAAAGAAGAGGAGAAACCGAAACCAAAUUAUUGUCUAUUCAGCUGUAAUAAUUAUUGAAUUGCCAUAUAGAAUUCUUUCGAGAUCGAAACCUGUCAUAAGUCUAAAGAAAAACAACAGCACAAUAAUAUGAUAUAGGUGUCUAGAUACUUAGUGAUCUCCCAUAUAGGCAAGAUCAGGAUUCCAAGCCCAAAUAUCCCAUGUUGACUAUUCUGUUUUUGUUGACUAAGUUUUGUACUGUUCAGCAGUCAAUGUUGUAAUUCUGUUUGAUUACAAUGUCAUACGUAUCUCAACAGCUUUACUGUCUAAAUAUCUCUCUUGAUCUCUGGAUGUGCUCAUUGUGUCAUUGUGUUUUUAAACUGUGGGUGUUGAUUGGAUUGACUUGAGAUGGUGACUGUUUUACUGGUUCAAUUACCUGUUGGUAGAAUGCCAUUCUACUAAAGUGAAUCUCCGGUCUUUCCUCGCAUCCUCUCUCUACCUUCUCCAGUCGCAUUGGAGGUGAAGAUCACCUCCGAUCUUCUCCAACGAGUUUGGGGGAUUCGAGAAGCGAUUUAAAUACUUUAGGGCAGCAGGUAGCCGAGUGUUGGACCACUAACUGAGGGGUCGAUGGUUCGGGUCCACAAGCUGACUAAGUGAAGAGUGAUGUACCCUUGAGUGGGGGGCUUGACCCCAGUUGCUCCUGUGGGUCAUUCUGGAUACAAGCAUCUGCUAAAUGAUUAAAAUUGAGCAGUUUCCAUGACUUGAAUCAUGAUUAUAUCAAAAUCUUUGUAGCUAGUGUUGUAAGUGAUUAUGUUUAUCUUUCUAUUCAUCAACUUUUCUCAGUGAAAUUAAAUUUACAAUUAAAGUUGCCCUUUGGACUAUGGUGAAACCAG